GAGGCCCGAUUGAGUGACCGCCCUUUUUAGACAAACGAAAGUAGAGCAACGCUGCUAGAGUCGGGAGAGAUAUAUACGCAAAAACAACUAUUUAAAGCUGCGGAACCUAACUUGAGACACAGACCAUUACUGGUGAUGUAAUCAUCUGUACAGUGUGCCAUCUUUGCAUGGAUUUCUUCCUUGUGCCUAGGUGAGGGGCUGAGCCAUGGCAGACGAGGUGGAUUGUGGCAGUGAGUUCCCAGCCCUCUAUAAAGUCAUGCUGGACAAACUGAAUGAACAGAGACAGUUGGACCAGUUCACAGACAUCACUCUCAUAGUGGAUGGGCACCAGUUCAGGGCUCAUAAGGCUGUGUUGGCAGCAUGCAGUCAGUUUUUCCACAAGUUCUUCCAGGACUUCACACAAGAACCACUAGUGGAGAUUGAAGGAGUGAGUAACUCAGCCUUCCGCCAGCUGAUGGAGUUUACGUACACGGCUACACUUGCCGUCAAUGGGCCAGAGGAGGUCAAUGACGUGUGGAAGGCAGCAGAGUACCUCCAGAUGCAGGAGGCCAUCAAGGCCCUCACCAUCAGGAUGAGUGAUGGCACUCCCGUCAGUCCGGCCCAGGACCAGGCCCUGGCGGCGGAGAAGAGCGAGAGCAAAAAGAGGAAGACUGUGGAGACUUUUAGCGGGAUCGCAGAGACUCUUCCGUCAGUGGUGGGGGAGCAGGUGGAGAUUGAGGUGGAGAUCGGGGAGGGGGCCAUCGAGGUGGAGGAGACUGCUAUGGAGGAGGAGGUGGUGGAUGCUGCUCGGAACGCCCAGGCUGCCUCGGACGACUCAGCCCUGGCACUGCUCGCUGACAUCACCAGCAAGUACCAGCAGAGGGGGCCAAUGCUGCACGUGCUGAAGAAGGAAAGACUGGAGGAGGAGAUCCAGGAGGUGGUGUCUCAGGAGGAGACAGUGACAGCUCCUAAGACUCUUGAGGGCCUGGAGGUGGUCGAGGUCCAGAUCUCUCAGCUGGACAAGAUGUUCCGCUGCAACAAAUGUGACCGCAGCUUCCGCCUCUACUACCACCUCAAACAGCACAUGCGCGCGCACGUGGCCGCCCUGGACAAGCCGCAUGUGUGUUGCCACUGCGGUAAGGCGUACAUGCGGGAGGCGGCGCUGAAGCAGCACCUGAACACGUUACAUUACGAGGCAGAGGAGCUGUCGCGCAGCCAGUCCCAGAAGAAGAAGAUGCACCUGUGUGAUUACUGUGACAAGCAGUUUGACCACUUUGGACACUUCAAGGAGCACUUACGUAAACACACCGGUGAGAAGCCGUUUGAGUGUCCAGACUGCCAUGAGCGCUUUGCCAGGAACAGCACAUUGAAAUGUCACAUGGCUGCCUGUCAAAACGGCGUCGGGGCCAAGAAGGGACGCAAAAAAGUCUACGAAUGUCAGGUGUGCAGCAGUGUGUUCAACAGCUGGGACCUUUUUAAAGACCACCUGACGACCCACACAGGAGAGAAGCCCAACCACUGCACCAUGUGUGACAUCUGGUUCACCCAGCCCCAAGACCUGCGACGACACCUCCGCGAACUGCACAGUGUCACAGACGACACGCUAAUGACCCAGGAACUGGACAUCGGUGCCAUGGCAACGCAAGAGGAAGUGGCCGGGGAGGAGGACGAGGAGGGAGACGAGAGAGAGACCCUCUUACUGGAGGACGGGAUGAGGGUGGAGCAUGUUACCGUGGAGCCCGUAGACGUGGUAGUCAUGGAGGAAACGGACAUGGUGGUGGAAGAGGUGACGGAGAUGUGUGAGGAGGACGUGCAGAGACUGAAGGAGGCAGGAGUGGAGAUCCGGGUGGUGCAGGUGUCAGCGGCGGGGCAGGUGAACUCUGAGAUCCAGGUGGAGGAGGAAUCACAACAGACUGUGGAUGUAUGAAGCAGGAGUGGAGCUCCAUCUAAAAUCGUACCCUGUUACCAAUAAAUACAGUACCUUGGCUUUGACCAGAAGUAGUGCACUGUAUGAGGAAAAGGGUUUUAUUUGAGAUGUGCCUGCUGGUUAUGGUCAAACUGGAAAAGCUCCACCUCCUCACCCUGUUGACUAAUAGGGUAACGGACAGAGACAAGUAUUUGAAGUUGCUCACAUUUUUAGAUAAUUUUUUAGAACCUGCUGUCAGCAUGUUUCUGUCUUCUCUCUGUGUGUCUGUGGCAGAGAUAUACCUGCUGAAUGCACUUACACUGACCCUGUUCAAGGUUUUGUCACAGACUGAUCAAAAGCUUUCUUUCUUUUUUGCUUUCUUAGUUUUUUUGUAUGUUUAAAAAAAAAAAAAAACAUUUUAGCAUGUACAUUUGAGAUGAUCAAAAUUCAUUUGCCAAGACCGUAUGCGAUCCGUGAAGGUCCCUACUCCGUUGAAUGGUUUCACUAGCAGACGCCAGUUAUUGAUUGGAAUGCACAGUCUGUUUCACUGUCAUACAGCUGCAGACAUAUUAAGGAUGUGCCUCACUGCUGUUGCCCAGUUGGAAUCCAUCUGAAGCACAGAUCUGUUGAUAAAUCGUUCUGCACUUGACUAAAGAGCAUGUUUUUGAUGGUGCGCAUGUCCUAACAGAUGGGGGGGAAAUGCUUUAAUAUUUAAAUAAAAGGAUAAUGGCUGUUAGUGUA